AUGAACUGGCAGCACUUUACUAUGUACUUCUUUUUCGGGAUUUACGGGUGCGCGAGAAUAAUCGAACACGGAGCUCCUUUUUUGACCGGAAUUGACCGUCUGAGCGGAGCCCUAGCCUUCUUCAUCGAAGGCUUCCUCUUUCAAAAUCACGUGCAUGGCCGCUCCGAAAUCGACAAACUCAUUCACAUCCUCAUCGUCGUCAUUUGCUACGCUUCCGCUUCCUUUUUUUUGGUCUCGUUCUUUGUCAAAUGCCGCAGAAGAUUGUACCUCAUCGACAUGGUCACUGGUAUUCUUGUCUUUGCUCAGGGAACCUGGUUUAUUCAUGUCGCUGAGAUCAUUUACGGCAAGCACGCAUGGCCAGGCGUUCUGGACACGGAACAAAGAAGCGCACGGAACAAAGAAGCGCACGGGGACAUGAUGGAAGACGGGCACCACGAAGAAGGCCACAUGGGAAUGGACUCCAGCGAGCACAUGAACAUGAUGUUCGCGGUGAUCUUCUUCGCCUGGCACAUUGUUUUCGCGAUCAUCGUUAAUUCGCUUAUUGCUUUUGGAAUUUACAAAUUGCUCAAAAAGAAGGAAAUCCUCGAUUUGGAUUUUAUCAACGACUCUGUUUCCGACCCGGAAAACAACAACUCGUACGCUGGAAUGAACGGCAAAAGCAAGAACGUACAGUACGAGUCGCUGAACAUGUCGGACAAGAGCCCGUUGCUAAAUGGCGAAGAUGACGACGAGGAAGAAACGGACAUCUUCGCUCGAGCUUAG